AUGCCUCCCAGGAAGGAUUCGCUGGUUAACCCUGCUGGGAAGUCUGCUGAGAAGCCCAAGUCGACCGCAUUUCCCAAUGCUCCUCCCAAACCUGCGUCAUGGGGUAAGGAUGGACGGCCUGGAGGGAGUAAAGAUGGACGGCCUGUAAAGAGGAAGAAUCCGCCGCAGACAGGUAAGAACGUCCAAGGCCAGGUGAACGACUCGCAACCCAGCGGCAGGUCUUUCAAGCGGGCGAAACUCAAUAACGCUCGGAGUAUCGCAUCCCUAGCAUCACACGCCGCCUUGAAAGAUGGCGAACUCAACGUACAGUCGUUUGUUGCUUCUAUGGCUUUCGAAAUGAACACGCUGGACGAGAGCAUGCGACGCACCAAGGCCAUGAACAACAGGCGCGUCUUCCAACGCCUACCCUACACAAUGCGACGCAGAGCUGCGGCCCACAACUACAAGAGGGUUCCAAAGCGCCUGCACAAGCGGGCGAGGAAGGAAGCCGAGGAAGACAACUCCCCCACUGUCAAUUCUAAGACGAGAAAGCCCAAGACCACCAGAUCCAGGUUACGAGCUGAGACAGCGCGAAGACUGGAGAUCCUGGCCAAACGGAAAAGGCUGCUGAAGCUGAAGAAGGGCCUGGGAGCCGACAAGGUAACCAUUACCACGAGAGCAGCGCGGCCCAAGAUUCGAAGAAACGAGCUGAGCGAGCCGCAUGUCACGAAAUCAAGGUAUAGAAAACGGCAACUAAAGAAGAUUUGGCUACCAACCCAUCUAUGGCAUGCGAAGCGAGCAAAGAUGACUCCCCCUUCGCAGCCGCUGUGGGGAUUCUCCAUCCCUCUCAGUCCCACACAGAAAGUCUACCGACCUACUCAUCGAAUUCAAUGGGAAAAGGGUGCCAUGGCGUGGGACAUGAGUUACAUGAGCACCAUAGGCUUGUUCGGCACUGAAAGCAGCAUCCGAACUGCUCUGAGGGGCCUGGGCCUUACUCAAGAAGCUUUAUGGAACGACAAGGCCAAGCGCUGGAGAGCAGGUGCUGUCUAUUGGUCUGGACACUUGAGCAGGAAAAGCCAGGACGUCGUACGCGUUAUUGGUCCAGCCUGCAUUAUCUGGAACGCGCAAGAGCAGCUCGAAGGCCAGGAUGCUACUAAGCUCCCCAGACAACUCUUCAUCAACGUGCACCCAUCUGCUUUCUUGGAGACCUUCAAUGAGCUGCUCCGACUCGUCAAGAUGCAACAUCCUCGACCAUUCUUGCAAGACCUACGAUAUGAGAUUGGGAGCAUUGAUAUAACUGGGCCAGAUGCUACAGAAGCAUUGCUCGGCGUAUUGAAGCCGUAUCCCUCAACAGCGGCGUCGAAAGAUACCCACGCUUCAAAGUUUGAGUCACUAGCUGGCUUGACCGACCCAGCGGCUCUGCCUCAUGGGUCUUUGCUAGCUUUCUCUAUCAUGGACCCCCGCCUCCACCAUCCUCCGCGUCGAUCAAGUGUACCUCGAGCGGGAGAUCAGGAUGUUCAACUAGCACUUCUAGAGGCAAUAUCAGCAUUUCGGAAAAAUGAGGAGCCCAUGCCCAGUCUGCUGUUUGAUCGUGGCGCACGGUUCAAAGCCUCUACACUUCCAUCGCAGCAAUCGCUCAAUCGCCGGCGAGGGAAGAAUGCGCCCGGCGCUGUCCUCGAGCCUACCAAGGUUGAUCCUCCUAUCCCUAUUAUGCUGCUAGCCUCUCGAAAAUCACCUGAAACGAAAACACCUGGGACCUGGACCGUCAUGCUACCUUGGAAAUGUGUUCUUCCGCUGUGGUACAGCUUGAUGCACUGUCCAUUGUCAACCGGUGGUAAUCCUGCCUUUGGGGGUCUGCAGGAGAUCAGACAGCUGAGCUUUGAACGGGCCGAGCCUUGGUUCCCGGGUGACGUGUCAGGGACGGACGCUGGCAACGCAUGGGAGUUGAGAGACCGCAUAGCGAGACAGGCGGCUUGGGAUCGUAUGCCGAAAGGCAAGCGAGUCAACUGGGACACACUUGAUCUUGGAGCGAGUCGCAAGGGCGAACUUGGCAUCGGUUGGAAUUGCGACUAUGACAUACUGUUUGGUCUCCGAGCCCCGGAGUCUAACCAACAGCCAACAGAGGCAGAAGAAUGUGAGAACGGAGCAGAAGCGCCCGAAUCUGAAAAGGGGAAGACAGUCAGCCCCGUCGAUACGAUGUCGAGCACUACGUAUCUCCCGAAGCUGGCUUUCAAUGCCUAUCUCGCACCGAAGUUCGUCCCCCUUCCUGCAGCCUCCCUCGUCACGGUCAAUCUCAGAAUGGCGGCUCGAGGCGUACCGACAACAUGCGCGAGGAUAUAUCGCCUUCCCGACGCAAAGGCGGUUGUCAUCUCAACCCAAGCAGAAGUCCCAGCCACCGAGCCUCCUCACCAGAAGGCAGAAGGCAAGGUGCCGGCAAACCUGCGGGAGCAAUGGCUAGCCCAAAGACCAGCAAAGGGGAAGAAGGGCAGCAGUGCACCGCCGAACAUGAGCCCAGAGGCUCGAAAGCAAUCCCUCGCCCAACAGCUCAUCGGGUCAGCGAUGCCGUAUCCCCCCGCGUCUCCCACCUCUGAGAAUAUCAACGGUCAUCCCCUAUGCCCCAAUGAAGAGGACUUGAUCGGGUUCGUGACUACGGGGAGCUACAAUCUCAGGAAAGGCAGAGGAGAUGGCAUUGGGAGCUUGUCCGCGCAAAGGGCGAUGGAGGAGCUGAGACGGUAUAAGAAUACGAAUGACCCGGCGGCGAGGCUGUGUGUUGUCAGGAGUGCUGGGGAGAAUGUUGGAUGGCUUGCUAGGUGGGAGUUGGUCUGA